AUGAACUGCUUUUCUUGUGAAGAAAUUUCACUUGUAGCCAAUUCUUCGUUUGAUUAUAAUAAGCUUGAUGAAGAGAAUAUUCGAAGGGAACUUGGAAGCAUUACAAAAGAUUAUGAUUAUAAUAAUGUGAAUAUAGAUACGAUACUUAAUUAUUUGAAUUAUUAUAAGAAGAAUAUUACGAAUAUAAAUAUAUUAUGUACUAUUAAAGAUAUAACAAUUUGUUUUAUUAAAAAUAUAGAAGAUGAUAUAAGAACAUUUAUGGAAAAUAAUACUAGUAAUUUCUUGAAUUAUGGUUCAAAAGGUUUUAUUUUACAAAACUUUAAUGUUCUUGGAAGUUAUAAAUAUAAUAUGUAUUUAAAUAAUUAUAUUAAUAUAGAUAUAGGCAUAGAAUAUAAUAUUUUAAAUAUUCAAGAAGCAGAACAUUGGAAUUAUCAGAACUUUUAUAUAUAUCAUAAUAGGUAUAUUAAUAUUCUUAAAUCCUUCUUUUAUAAAAAAAAUUUUGUUCAAUAUAUAAAAGAAGCCAACAUACAUUAUAAUCUUGAUCUUUCGAUAAGCGUAAGACCUUUUAUUAAUUUAUACAAAUCUAUAUUAGUAAUAAAUAUUAGUAAACAGAACAAAUAUAUAGGAUCUAUUCAUUUGAUUUUGUAUCCCUCAAAUGAACUUAGCGAUUCCUUUUACAAGGUUUACCAUGAGUUAUGUACAUCAACAUUGAAGAAAAAUUCAAACGAGAAAGGAAAUGUAAAUAAUAAGGUCGAUAUAAAUAAUAAUAAUAAUAAUAAUAAUAAUAACAUUACAAAUAAUAAAGACCUUGGUGCCCCUUAUAAUAAAGAGUUAAAAAAUACGUUGAAUGGUAAAAAUUGUAUUAAGAAUUUUAAAGAGGACUUAAAAAAAAAUGAGGAAGAAAACAAAAAUAAGGUGCACCAACCAAUUUUAAUAAAUUUUUUGAGUACAGAAAUAUUUAUUGUUCCGUGUGAUAAUAUAAUUAAUGAGUGCAUAAAAAAAUACAAGAAUAUUAGAAAUGCUGUGAAGCUCUUAAAAUUAUGGUGUAUAAAUAAAAAAUUAUUAUAUACACUUCCUACAUAUGAAAAUAAUAAUUAUAUGAAAUUUAAAAAAAAGGAAAAAUAUAUAUUUAAGAAUUUUUUCUAUUAUAAUAAUAUUAAUUCUUUUGAUUUAACGCUUUUGUGUAGUUAUGUAUGUUAUAUAAAUAAUUUAGAAGAUACAAAUGCUCUAGAUAUUUUUCAUAAGACUAUUUAUUUUAUAAGUUCAAUAGAUAUAAAUGAUCAUUUUUAUUCCUAUGAUAAAGGUGUAUUUAAAAUAAAUAACAAAUAUGAUAAAGAAAAUAUAAAAAAAUUAUCUGAAAAAGUUAAUAAUGAAAAAAAAAAAAGGAAUAAUAUGAAUACAUUCCUUAUAAAUUCAACGUAUGAUAUAUUUAAGAAUAAGAUACAUUCAUUUAUUGAAUUAAUUGAGGAAGCAAAAAAAGCUAUUUAUUAUUUAAAUAAGAAAAAUUAUUUUCAUUUAUUUAUAGCCAAUAAUGAUUCUUAUCCUCUUAAUUACGAGGAAGAAUUAUUUUUUCCUUUUCUUGGAAACAAUUAUAUUUUAAAUUAUAAUUUUAUUAUAGGACAUAUAAAGAAAACAUUAAUAAGAGCAUUGGGAGAUCGAGUUGAUGAAAUAAUAUUUAGAUUGGUGUCAUAUGAAUUUAUGGAAAAAGAUAAUCAAAGGAAUAAAAAAAUGAGCACCUCAACAAAUAAAUAUAUCCAACCAAACUAUACCAAUGAUUAUAACAUUCAAAAUGAUUGUAACGAUAAUCCCAAAAGUGAUGUUCAUAAUAAUAAUAAUAAUAAUAAUAAUAGUAAGUAUUAUUUGUUGAACACGUUUCAGGAUGUUCUUAUUAAUAAAGAUGCGAUAACAAACAAAAUAAAACUUAAAGUUAUAGAAAAGAAAAUGUUUUUAGGCGUGUCCUUUUUUAUAAAAACAAAUAAUGUUAUUAGAUAUAUGGAUGUGUCUAAAUGUCUAUACAAACCGGAAAAAAUCUCAACAUUCAAAAAAUUUUGGAAAGAUAAAGUUACCAUUAGAAGAUUUGAAAAUAAUACAAUUUUUGAAGUAUUAUUAUGGGAUACACCAGGAGAAUAUAAAAAAAAAGAGAAUUCGACAAAUGAGUAUAGUAAUAAGGAUAUAAAUAGUUUAGAGGAGACCAAACCAUGUGAUGAUAAAAAAAAAAAAAAAAAAAAAAAAAAAAAACAACAACAACAACAACUUAUAAAAAAUAUACAAGAUGAAAAAAGAAACUAUAAUACAUCCAACUUCCUAUUUGAUAAAUUAUGUAGUGAAUUAUAUCAAGAUAAAAAUAGUUCUGUACAUGUACAAAUAAUAAAAUAUAUUUUAAAUAAAAUGAAAUUUGACGAAGAAAAAGAUUUAAAAGAAUGUUUUUACAAACAAAUAAAAAAUAGGCAUUUACAAAAUAAUAAUGAUUUUUUUUGUUAUGAAUAUAUGAAAAAUAAAACACCAUAUAUAUAUUUUGCAAACCCUAUAUUUGUUAAAGAUAUAUAUUUUGAUUAUUAUGAAUGGAUUUGGGAAUGUUAUAAUGAAAUUAAAUCUAUACUUUAUAAUAUAAGUGAAUCAUUUUUUACAAUAUGUAAUAUAAAUAGUAGUAAUGAUUUUUUAAAAAUGUCGGACCUAGGUUAUAAAACAAAAGGAAUACAAAUUAUUGAUAUAAUAAUACAUAUUAAAUUUAAUAAUAAUAUAUAUAAAAAUGGAAUGCAAUAUUUUAAAAAUUAUGAAAUAGUAAAAAAUAUAAUAAAACAUAAGUUAAUAAAUGAAAGUAAUAAACAUAUAACCAAUGUAGAACAAAAAAAUUUUUAUAUUGACAUAACAUUUAAACAAUUUAUAUUUAGAUUACAUAUUUUUACAAGUAUAAUUAUUGAAAAAGAUUUAAUACAAAUUACUGAUAUGGAUAAUCUCAAAAUUGAAACAGUACAUAAUUUAGAUAAAAUUAAAGAAUAUGUUUAUAAACCUUUAAUAUCUUCCUUUAUUUAUUAUUAUAUAAUGAAAUUCUCCUCUUUUCAUAUCUCUUUAAAAAUAUGUAAACUCUGGUGUAUUUCAAACGGAAUAUAUUGUUAUCAGGAUUUUAUAGAAAACAUUCUAUUUUACAUAUAUAGACAAGAGUUUAAAAAGCAUUCUAGAAUGAAUAAUUUCUAUCAUCAAAAAGGGGUCCAUAUGAAUAAUGAGGCUUUAACUAACUUUUGGGAGAAAUACCGUUCUUGGGAUAGUACAAAUAUAAUGGGUUCUAUGGAGAAAGAUGUGGAUAAUACAAAAAUGAAUCUAAAUAAUAGAUGUGAUAAUAGAUGUGAUAAUAGAUGUGACAAUAUAUGUGAUAAUAUAUGUGAUAAUAGAUGUGACAAUAUAUGUGAUAAUAUAUGUGAUAAUAUAUGUGAUAAUAGAUGUGACAAUAUAUGUGAUAAUAUAUGUGAUAAUAUAUGUGAUAACCUUUUUGAUCUUAUUUCGGAUGAUGAUAACAUAAGUGAGGAGGACCAAUCCCAUGAAGAAGGAAAAAAAAAGGAUGGUAGUAGCAUUUUAAAUAUCCAGAACGAUGUCUCAAGAAAACAUAACAACAGAAAAAAUAAGCAUAGCGAAAAUAUGAAGAACAAGUCAUCGAUUUUAAAUUUAGAAAAAAUGGAAAAAGAGGAAGAUAGCUUUUUAGAUAGUUUUUCGUUUUCUUCAAAGAAUAUUUUAAUUAAAUUUUUAAGAUUUAUCAUAAAUUUUGAUUGGCUUAACAAUCCUUUAAUUAUUGAAUAUGAUGAAUGUGAUAUUAGUGAGGAAUAUAAAACGAAAUUAAUUAAUUCUUUUAUAACAAGGAAAAAAAAUAACAAGGAAAACAAAAAAAAAUUUUGGAUAAGUUCAAUAUAUGAUCCACAUUGUAUAUUGAUAACAUUACCUCAACAAUCAUUUGAUAUAAUAAUGAAUGUAGCAAGAAUUACUUUACAAAAUAUAAAGGAAUUCCAUCGUUCCUAUGACAGACAAAGUUGGAUCUCUUUAUUCUUUAUGAACAAGAAGAAUUAUGAUAUAAUUUUACAAUUUAAUAAACCAAAGGAUUCUAUAAUCAUGCUGAAAGAGGAAAUAGAGAAAGCUUCUAAUAUAGGAAAGCAAGAGGAAUGUGUUGAUGUUACAUUGUAUGAUAACAAUAAUGAUGAUAAUAAUAAUGUUGAUAAUAAUAAUGAUGAUAGUAGCAAUAUGUGGGAUGAUCAGUCUGUAGAUAAUUCUGUUCUUAAUAUGGAAGAUCAAGAAUAUAGCCUUGAUUAUAUAAACAAUAUAAAAAAAAAUAAAAAUGUCGAUAUAUGUAAUAUGCUACAUACUUUAAAGGAUUAUGAAUUAUUACAUGUAUAUAAAACACAUUUACAAAAUUUUAUAAAAGAUUUAGAAAAUAAAUUUACAUCAGAUAUUUUAAUUUUAUAUAAUCCAUUGUGUUUUGAUGAAGUGUUGAAUAUAAAUAAAUUUAAAAACAAAAUGAAAAAUAAAAUGAAAAAUAAUAUAAACAAAAAUAUACAUGUUCUUAAUUCAUGGGCACCCUAUAUUUUUAUAUCAUUAAAUCCUCAUAUAAUAAAAAAUUUAGAUAUAAAACAUAAUGAUAAAAAUGAAGAAUAUAAAAAUGAAUUAAUCAGCAAGGAAUAUAUAAAAGAUAUUUAUAAUACAUCUUUAUCAUUGAAUAAUAUUAAUUUGUUAAUAUAUUACAUAAAAAAUAAUGUUAAAGAUUUAUUAAAGACAAUUAAAUUUACAACAAUAUAA